CUCUGAUUGGUCAACUGGAAAAUAUGGCGGUGUCCGCGUAGUUGUGAAAACACCAGGAAGAAAACUUAAAAUAAGAGUAUAGCAGCCAGAGUUGAGCCUGCUGCGGAUUGAAGCAAUUCAUAUUUCGCUUUUUUUUUUUUUAAUCCGGCAACGUAAAUAAUAUCCAUGUGUUUGUCUCUGCAUUAGCUUCGCCUGCUAGCUAACUAGCCUGCUAGCAUCGCAUCUUCUCACUGAACAGAAGUUACUCAUCUGUCAAAUCUGACCGCCCACAACAUGCCUGCCUUCCGGCAAGUGGGAGAGAAACAACUUCCUAACCCUGUACUGUGUAUGGCAUGGUCUCCCAAGAGGGAUCUGAUUGCUUUGGCCAACACAACUGGAGAAUUGCUGCUGCAUCGCUUGGCUAGUUUCCAGCGUGUUUGGAGCUUACCACCCAGUGAGUAUACUGGGAAGGAGAUCACUGCACUUGCCUGGAGACCAGAUGGCAAAAUAUUGGCCUUCAGCCUUGGAGACACCAAGCAGGUGGUCCUGUGUGGUGUUGAGAAAGCAGAGAUCCUCCACGUGUUUCCGAUGCAGAGUCCUGUAACCUGCAUGCACUGGAUGGAGGUGAUGGAGGAGAGCAGUGCGCUCAGCUCCUUUUACAACUCAGAGGAUGAAUCCAAACUCUUUCUCCCCAAACUACCAACACUUCCCAAGAGCUAUAGCACAACUUCAAAGAUCUUCAGUGAGGAAAAGUCUGAUGAGAUACUCAAUCUCCUGGGAGAAGUCAGACUGAACGUACUUGUUCUUGGAGGAGAUGCUGGCUUUGUGGAGCUUUAUGCCUAUGGGAUGUACAAGAUUGCCACUCUAGGAGGGGUUUCAGGAACGUGUCGCAGCCUCAGUCUGUCAAGUGACCUCAAGUCACUGUCCAUCAUCACAGAGGUCAGGUCUGCUGAUAACAACCCAGAGAUCUGCUACAUCCAGUUGGACACCGGCUUGUUGUCAGACUGUCUGCCUGAGGUCACCAGGAUGGCACGCAAGUUCACCCACAUCUCCACCCUGCUGCAGUACCUGCACCUGUCACUCACCUGCAUGUGUGAGGCGUGGGAGGACAUCCUCAUGCAGAUGGAUCUUCGACUCACUAAGUUUGUUCAGGAAAAGAACACAAGCACUCAAGUUCAGGAUGAAUUUCUGGAGCUUCUGCUGUGGGGACAAUCUAGCCCUGAACUACAGGCUCUUCUCAUGAACCAGCUGACUGUCAAGGGCCUGAAGAAGCUCGGUCAGUCCAUUGAAUCAUCUUACUCCAGUAUCCAGAAGUUGGUGAUCAGCCACCUGCAGAGUGGCUCUGAGGCUCUACUGUAUCACCUCAGUGAAGUGAAAGGAAUGUCUCUGUGGAAGCAAAAGUUCGAGCCCCUUGGUUUGGAUUCAGCAGCAAUAGAAGGUGCCAUCACAGCUGUGGGUUCCUUUUCUCUCAAAGCUAAUGAACUUCUGCAGGUGAUUGACAAGAGCAUGAAAAACUUUAAAGCCUUUUUUCGGUGGCUUUAUGUAGCUAUGCUGAGAAUGUGUGAGGAGCAUGUACCACCAGAACUAAACAAGAUGACUCAGAAGGACAUUGCUUUUGUUGCUGACUUCUUAUCUGAGCAUUUUAGUGAGAACGAGGAGCUCUUUGAUCGCAAAGGGAAGUACUUCAAUGUAGAACGAGUGGGUCAGUACUUAAAGGACGAGGACGAGGACCUUGUGUCUCCACCCAACACAAAAGGAAACCAGUGGCUGAGGUUUUUACAGGAGAGCUCACACCUGAAAGAGAGCCCUUUGCUGUUUCCUUCAUUUCCCCAAAAGUCUUUGCACUUCGUCAAGAGGAUGAUGGAGAAUGUGAUUGAGCAUUGUCUACAGAAUCCUGCAGAAGUCAUUGGGAAAUCAGUCAAACAGGCCCUCUUUUUGCCGCUGUACACCGUUCCAGAGAGCUCAGAAAACACGCCCCGACUUUUUGAACUUCCAUCCUUGUGGAAUGACAAAAAAGCCAAACUGCACUAUGUUGUGUUCUGCAUGCCAGAGAUUUCACCCUGUAAGCUCUACGUGUUACGGAAAGGAACAGACCCAAACAGACACAUCCCAAACAGUGUCAUGUCCAUCGACCUCAGACACCAUCUUGACAACGCAGACAAUGACGAUGCUGCAGCCCAGUCUCAUUAUGUGUACAGCUGCCUAGAUGCUCGUUUCUAUGACGAUGAAAUGCUAACUGUGGUCUUGCGAGGAUCAGAAGAACAGAACAGUUGGCGUGUCCUGGCUCAGCUCCCUCUCGCUUCCAGCCUAAACUGUGAAACUGAAUUCAACUGGGAGCCAAACCUGAGGUUGGACCAGCAGACCAGUGCCAUCCCGUGCCAUGAUCUGGUGUUGGGGAAUCAGUGGCGUGAACUGGAAAAUAUGAAGGCUCAGUUUGUUGCUGUCAAUGGAAUACGCAAAGUGGCGUGCGUGCUAAGUGCCAAUCUGAGGCACAUACGUGUUUUCGAGAUGGAUGUAGAAGAUGAGGAUGACGAGGGAGCUGACUCACAGAAUGCCAGCGCUGACCAGGAUGGACUGGACACCACCAUGACCAGCCAGGGACAGGGAGAGGGGAGUUUGGAGGCUGAAGGUGAAGCUGGAGAGCAGGGAGGAGAUGGAUUUCAAAAACCUAAGGAGCAGCUGGAGUCUGAGGAAGCUGUGGAACUCUCCUGAGACUGAGACAACAACAAGAUGCAUUAAAAUAAAGACUCAGAUCCACAUUUUGUUUGUUACAAAAGUUUUUUGUUUGUUUGAUUUUUUACCCCAUUUUGGAACAAAUGUGUAUUAAAAUAAAGAUAUUUGUUUAAGUUGA